AUGGAUGACUCCCGAGGAGUAGCUGAGAACAUCGAGCAGUGAAAAAUCAAAAGAUUGAUUCAAAAUCUUGACAAGUGCCGAGGGCAUGGAACUUCACUUAUCUCCCUGAUCAUCCCACCUACCGAACAAUUAUCCCUAACAGGCCGUAUGAUAAACGAUGAGUGCGGCUCAGCGACAUCAAUCAAGUCCCGUGUAGUCCGCCAAGCAAUCCUAAGCGCUUUAACCUCAAUCCGAGAAAGACUAAAGCUUUACAAUAACAGAAUGCCUAAAAAUGGCCUUGUGAUUUACUGUGGUGAAAUCCUAAAUGACAAAGACGUCAUUGAGAAAAAGGUCACAAUUGAUAUUGAACCAUUCAGGCCGAUUAACACAAAAAUUUAUAUCUGCAACAACACAUUUCACACCCAACCGCUAAAAGACCUUUUAGUUAUGGAAGAUAAAUAUGGAUUUAUCAUUAUAGAUGGAAAUGGUACUCUUUUUGGCACCUUACAGGGAAACGCCAAAGAGAUCCUUAACCAAUUUUCAGUUGAUUUGCCAAAAAAGCACAGAAGAGGUGGGCAGUCUGCACUUCGUUUUUCAAGACUUCGAAAGGAAUCAAGGCACAAUUAUUUGAGGAAAGUCUCAGAGCAAGCAGUUGUGCAAUUUAUUACAGGUGACAAGAUAAAUGUGACUGGGAUAAUUAUUGCUGGAAGUGCUGAGUUUAAAAAGGAGCUAGCCCAGAGUGACAUGUUUGACGAAAGGCUUCAAUCAAAAGUGAUAAAAAUUGUGGACAUCGCAUAUGGAGGACAAAAUGGCUUCCAACAAGCAAUUGAGCUAUCAGCAGAUACAUUGAAUAAUGUGAAGUUUAUAAGAGAAAAGGCUAUUAUCAGUCAAUUUUUUGAAGAAAUCGCCCAGGAUACUAAGAAGUAUUGCUAUGGAAUUGAAGAUACAAUGAGGGCACUUUUGAUGGGAUCAUGCGAAAAAGUCAUUCUCUAUGAAAAUUUAAGUGCCGUAAGGACUUUGCUAAGACAUCCAGAAUCAGGAAGAGAAGACAUCGUGUAUUGCAAUCAAGGGAAGGAAGCAGAAAUAAGUACAGUUGAUGAAAAAGGAGAGAAGGUUGACAUAGUCGAGCAAGGACCUUUAGCCGAAUGGAUUGUGGAAAAUUAUAUGAAGUUCGGAUCUGAGCUUGAACUGGUCUCUGAUAAAAGCCAAGAAGGUAGCCAAUUUGCUAGAGGAUUUAAUGGGAUUGGAGCGUUUUUAAGAUAUCAACAGGAUGUAGCCCAGCUCGGAGAAAACGGAGAUGAAGAGGAUUGGGAUGAAGAUUUCAUGUAA